GCAACCAAUUCGUUUUUUGCACGAUUUUGAGACGAGAAGAUAAAGAAAACAUGAACAACUCCAAUGUAAACCUCACCAUAACUGAAUUACUAACAGACUCUGCAACUCUUUUCAUUUCGCUCAUGGACAUUUUAGAAGUUUGCGUGUGCAGCAUCAAUAUCCUGUUUGGUUCUCUUAUUCACUCUUAUGUUAUAUGGCUCAUCGUCACAGGAACAGAAAACAAAAUUGCAUCCGAGUUUUUCAACCUGAAUCUCUCUAUCUGUGAGAUUGGAAUCUGUCUAUAUUGUUUUUUCAAUAUACUGUUCAUUUGGUUUUCAAGUUUUGACUUAGUGGAACAUUUUACAUCAGGACUAGGCGUCACCGGUCGUCCUCUGUUUCAGUGUCUGAUCUGUGUCGACCGUUACCUGGCUGUGGUUCAUCCUGUAACCUUUCUGAAGUACAAACCUCUCAGAUACAGACUGAUGUGUUGCGCUGCUGCCUGGAUCAUUUGCCUUGGCUCUUGUUUGUGUGCUAUGUUUGUGUCUACCUUAAAAAUUUUUGCAUGGUUUUUAUCACUGCAGUUCCUCGUCUUUCUUUCCGUUCAGUUGUAUUGUUGUGUGGCUGUUCUCAGAGCUCUGAAGCAGUCAGGACCAGGAGAGAGAGCAAGAGAGAGAGAGGAGGAAAAUCAAGUGAAGAGAAAAGCAUUUCAUCUCAUUCUAAUAAAUACUGUAAACACAGUCAUCAUAUACCUGCCAUAUUGUGUCAUAGGAUUUAUUGAUAUUUUCUCAGAAAUGCGUAUUUCAGCUCUUUGGUUUAUUGGUUUUGUGUGUUAUGUUUCGGUUGGUUUUGUACAUCCGAUUUUUUUUCUGCAGAGAGCCGGAAAACUUUCUUGCUGCUGUUCACUGUAA